AUGUUUUUUAACUCAUACGCCGAUCCAGCUGGUCUGCCUGCCAUGAAUUCUCCAUCCCUAUUAUCUUUCUGUCAUCCCACCCUUAACGAUUACCAGGAUCUCGGGUAUCCUGAAUCGAGCUUGUUGAGCAACCAAGCCGAUGUCUACUCAUUUGCGGACAGCUUUCCCCUUCAGACUCUCUUCAGCACCCCUCCUCCCUACUGCCAGUCUUCCUCAAUUUCACCUCGGUUAUCUAACGGCUCGAUGGAAUCGAUGGAAUUCACCCCAUUCUCGCAGAUGACCUUGCCAGAGAUCUCUGGAAGUGAGAUGUCCUCUUCUUCUUUUUUCCUCCCCAAUCCGCCCGGCCACUUCCCUCAACUGGGCAACCAAAUCUCAUUCUUCGAACCCGAGAACACGAUGCCCACUCUGAAUCUUCAACAAACACCGCCCAGUUAUUUCUUCUCUGAUAUCAACGAAAUGGCAGCACUCCAGAGCACAGAAGUGUGGCCAGCCCAGCAAGCCCCCACUCCGGAGCCGAAAACGAAGCGCAAACCAAGCGCGUCAAAGCGAGCCACUCCCCUCUCCGGCUCGUCCUCCAAAUCAUAUCUUCCUGUCAGCAGCAGUCCCACCAGCAAGUCCACACAACGAGCCAAGAAAUCCGGCAGGAGCUCCCACUUGAUCUUGACCGAUUCUCCGAUGAGUGUCACUCAAGGCGGAUACGCCCGCAAGUAUGCCUGCACUUGGGAAGGCUGUGGCAAGGCUUUCACGACCAGCGGCCAUCUAGUCCGACAUAAACGGAUCCACACCGGCGAAAAACGGUACAAGUGCGCGAUGGAAAACUGUACCAGUCGGUUUAGUCGUCAAGACAAUAUGUUACAACAUUAUCGCACCCAUUUCUCCUCGAAAUCUCGAAGAAUCCCGCCGGUCUCUUCGCUCCCUUCAUCCACCCAAUCCACCCAACCCACCGACUCUUCCACGAUCAAUAACCCAAGUCUAGUGGUCCCGCAAUUGAACAACUUUGGCCAAUUCUUCGGCGCCCAAAACGCUUUUUGA